AGAUUAAGCAAAGUUAUAUCAAAUAAAAGGCGCAAUGUAUCUGGCCGGACCCUUGUGCCCAAAGGGAAGUCUCAGACAGGUUAUUUUAGAAAGGAACCAAAAAUAAAAACAUUCAACGGCGUCUUGAUGGUGCCAAAGUUUUGUUAUAACAUUGCGGUGCUACGGCCUAGGACAGAAUUGGAACAUGACUUUACAAAAGGAAAUCGGAAAUAUAUGCAUUAUAACAUUCGUUUGUGUGGUAAUCCUAGACGCAAUCUUCGUUCAAUAUCCUGUUUCACCUUGUCCAAAAAUAUUCAGCUACCGAGUCGAUCCAACGACAAGGCAAAUAUAUGGACACAUCGAAAUAUUUAAUCUUCGGGCGGAACAGCUUGUGAAAUUGAAUGUUGAUUUGGAUAUCGGUGUGCGACCGACUUCGAAUAAAGUUGGUUCCAUCACGCUAGUGAAAUCUCGUGAGAAUACCUUCGACGAUAUCGGUCGAGGACUGCCUGCCCAGUAUCGGAUCAAUUUCCCACUGCAGAAUCCUUUACCGACCGUGCUGUCAAUAUCUCUUAAUGACCGAACGAUUUGCACUGGGCACCGAAACUAUGGACGUAACAUUAGAGCUUUAUGCUGGAAGCAUACCUGGUAUACUCAACUUUUGUCACAGAAAAUAAACCAAGCUGGCAGUCUGCCUUCAAGCUCUGAAAAGUUUUCAUCAAUGCCUACACGAAAACAAUACUCAGUAGUACCGCAGGUUGCAGGAAAAACUCCAGCGUUAUCAGGAGGCUACGCAUGCGGAAAACCUUCUAAAACCAUACCGAACCGAUUGUCGAUCAACGGUCAGCUGGCAAAUAAAGGACAAUUUCCUUGGAAUGUUCCAUUAUUCGAUCGCAUGCAGCCACGAAAUCCAAAAUACAUCUGUGGAAGCACAAUCAUCGGCAGAAAGUAUUUGGUCACCGCUGCGCACUGCGUCUACGACAUCGAAGACUUCAUGUUGGCAGAACAACUUCUUGCCGUUCCCGGAAUGCACAACACGGACAAUUUCUUGGAAGAGAAUGCCGAAUUUUGCGACAUCGAUGCAGUUAUACCGCACCCAGAGUACGUGUAUGACGACGAUGAGAACGACGCAGAUUUAGCCGUUUUGCGCUUGAAAGAAUCGCUCUCGUACACUGAUUACAUUAUCCCGAUCUGCUUAUGGCGUGGGGAUAACGAUCUGCAGAAGAUCGUAGGACAGGAAGGUAUUGUCGCAGGCUGGGGCUUCACGGAAGGCGGUCCCUCGUCACUACCAACCUACAUUAGGACGACCAUCGUGGCGCGACAGCGCUGCAAUGACAACUGGUCGCGAAUGUACGCCAGCGCGGCCCGUGUAUUUUGCACUGACGGUCACGGUUCGGUGCCUUGUAAUGGGGACUCCGGGAGUGGUUUGGCGUUGAAGAGAGGAAACCAAUACCUUCUGCGGGGCAUCGUGUCUCGAGGGAAGGUCGAUAGAGUGACAUUGAAAUGCGAUGCGACGAAAUAUGCUAUCUACACGGAUGUUGCGCCCUUUCGAUUUUGGCUAAAAAGUGUUAUGAGCUGACACAUGAAUCACGGGGUUAAACAUGUUCUAGGUUAGGAAAAUAUAUUUAUUUAAAUUUUUCUAUGGUACUUUAUUCACUAGCAUUCAGUUCACGCAAACUCGUCUGUGGUUCUGGGCCAGGAAGGGUGUGCGAAAUUUCGCGGAAUCUCGAGUUUCACAAAAUUAAACGAACUUUAUCGAAAUUGAGCACACAUUUUUAAAUAAUAAUAACUUUUGAUUUCUGAACCCAUUUUGCUGCUGUUAUAAACUCUAAUUAGGGUCCGGGGAUGCUUCAAAGUUUUGGGUCUUACAAUUUUAUAAAAUCUAGAGUUUACUUUACUUUGUUAAACUCAAAGUAUCUCUAAGGCUUCUCUUUAAAUUUAAAUCAAAGAAAAAAUAACUUGGCACUUAUGAAUUUUAGUCAUUUCUUGAUGAAUUUCGAGAAAAAUUUCAUUGUUUCGCGAAAUUCCGCACAGCCUUACCUGGCAGUACCCGGGUGAUGAAACAAAUUCAAUUUAUUUCAAAGGAUUAUACGAAAGGUUCAAAGAAAGUUCCUAAAAUAAUUCAAGUAAUUCAAGUUGGACAGUUCCGCAAAAAAUAACUGUUUCCUUUUUGCUCUAACAAGCUAUUUAAUUUUAACAAUCUAUAACUGGAUCUACAGAGUUUCAUCAUAUAAUAAACAUGAGAUUUUUUUCAAGUUGAAUAACAAAACUUAAACUGUGUAUGGAAAAAAAAUAAAUUCUAAAACUAAUAUACAAAUCCUAAACCUGAAAUUAAAAAAAAAAUUAAAUUAAUCCACCUAGCGGUCAGACCCAGCCUUUCUCAUUCAAUUUUUUAUUUGUAAAAACAGAUUUACA